AUGGCAACCGACAACAAGACCAGUGCUAUUCUCCACCGUGAUACCCGCUUCGUCCCCAAAAAGGUCGUCGGGGGCAAGGGUAGCUACCUCUUCCUAGAAGAUGGAACUAAAUUCCUUGACUCUACCGGUGGCGCAGCUGUAUCCUGUCUCGGACACGGCAACGAGCAAGUCAACCAAAUGAUCAAAGAUCAGAUGGACCAAGUGUCCUACUGUCAUUCCGCCUUCUUCGGUACUCAGGUAGCCGAGGACCUUGCCCAACUCCUAGUGGACUCAACUGGUGGGAAACUAUCAAAGCUCUUUGUGGUUAGCUCGGGGUCUGAGGCUGUCGAGGCUGCACUCAAGCUAGCACGUCAAUAUUUCCUGGAGCUUCCUACUCCCCAAAGUCAGCGUACCAAGUUCAUUGCACGUCUUCCAUCUUACCACGGAACCACCUUAGGUGCUCUGGGCCUAGGUGGUCAUGUUCAGCGUCGGGAGCCAUUCGAGCCACUUCUCUCCCGGAACACAUCUCAUGUCUCUCCAUGCUACGCGUAUCGUGGUAAGCGGGACGGUGAAUCCGAUGCAGACUAUGUAGUUCGUCUUGCAGCUGAGUUGGAAGCUGAAUUCCAACGGCUCGGCCCGGAGACAGUGUGCGCAUUCGUUGCAGAGCCGGUCGUCGGCGCGGCUCUCGGCUGUGUCCCUGCAGUACCAGGAUAUUUCCGUGCAAUGAAAGAUGUCUGUGAGAAGCACGGGGCUCUCUUCAUUCUCGACGAGAUCAUGAGCGGCAUGGGUCGUUGCGGAACCUUGCAUGCCUGGGAACAAGAGGACGUUAUUCCCGAUAUCCAGACCAUUGGAAAGGGCCUAGGUGGUGGCUACGCACCGGUUUCCGGUAUCCUGAUCGGCGAUUCUAUUGUCCAGACGAUGGACAAAGGCACCGGGGUCUUCCGACAUGGACAGACAUACCAAGGCCAUCCAGUCUCAUGUGCUGCUGCGCUUGCUGUGCAAAAGACCAUCCAAGAACAAUCGCUGCUGGACAAUGUUCGAGAAAUGGGUGCUUACCUUGAAUCGCAGCUGAAACAGCGAUUUGAAAAUCACCCUCAUGUUGGAGAUAUCCGUGGAAAGGGACUGUUUUGGGGCCUUGAGUUUGUCAAAGACAAGGCUACCAAAGAGCCGUUCGACUCAGAAGUCCGCCUGUCUUCCCUGAUUCAGGGGAAGGGCCUAGAGCCGGAGUACAGCGUGUCGCUUUAUGGCUGUUCUGGCACCGUCGAUGGCAUCAAGGGUGAUCAUCUUGUGCUAGCGCCGCCUUUUGUCGUGUCGAAGACCGAGAUUGAUCUCCUUGUCGACACCCUUGAAAAGGUCUUGAAGGAUGUCUUUGCCUCUCUCUAG